AUGGUGACCUUUGCACAGCAGGUCUUCGACGGGCCGUGUCCAAUCUCCUACCUCCGCGCUCGGGUGGCUGCAGUGGUGGGCGCCAAUCAGACUCAUCCCGGAAACGGAAAGCUCGCCCUUUGCUGUGGUGGAAUUGAACUCGAAGGUUUCUUGGAAGUGGUUUCGGUUGGGUCCAAGACGGAGGUGGCACAGAAUCUCUCGCCGGAUUUCUGGGUGAAAUCCGGGGCCGAUCUCGUGGACAGAGAUGAGCCUGUUUGCAGGCUCGUGGCCCUCACCGAGCCUGGGAACAGGCGUUGGAGCUUAUUGCUUUCCAUGUCCCAUGUGAUCGCUGAUGGUUACACCUUCUACACCAUCCACAACAUGCUCGACCAAAGUGCCAGAGUCUGGCGCUUGGAGGCAAGACGAGCGAGCUUCAACCCCAGGACUUGCUUGAAGGAUGCUCCGUUUCAUGGCAAGUGGCUUUUCUGGACUCUGCAACUCAUGUCGGCGAAGCUUCGCUCUGCCAAGCGGCAGUCGCAGCAGCCCAUUUUUCGCAUCCGCUUUGUGAGGAAGGAGUGGAUCGAGGAGCAGAAGCAGGCGUUUGCAUCGGAGCCGGAUGCUCCCUUCGUCUCGGCCAACGACUUGCUGACCUCCUGGUUUUUCCGGGUCACGCAGCCGUCAUGCGGUGUGAUGACGAUGAACAUGCGCGAUCGCAUGGAGGGCGUUGGAGCCGAACAUGCCGGAGUCUAUACCACCGUCCUCAUCUUCUUCCCGGAGGAGUACAAGUCCGCAGCCAACAUCCGCCGCGCCGUGUACAGAAAGUCACCAGCCUGUACUCUUCAAGGGCUGCAGCAAUGUCCGGGAUGGGGUGACCGAUGUGGAUUUGUAACAUCUUUCCAUACCUUUUACCGAGACUUGCAGAUGAAAGGUUGCAGCCAGUUGCUGCACUUUCCAUCUGGGAGCGAAGAGGCCAAUGCUCGUCCCCCAUUCGCUGCCAUUUUCAAGCCCGCCAAAGACAAGCUGGUUAUGCUGACCGUCACAGAAGAUGAGCUUCCGGCCGGCCCACUAGGGGAGAGCUUUCGGGGCGCCGGUGCACUGGAAUCCUGA